AUGAAAGGUGAAUACCAUAUUGAGUUAAAACCCCGUUCUUGCCCUGUAGUUGUUCCGCCUAGAAAGUACCCAAUUCAGUUAAGAGAUGAGAUAAUUGAAAAAAUACAAGAGUUGGAAAAUAUGGGUGUUGUGAAGAAGUGCCCAGAGGAUGAGGCGUCUGAGUGGAUACAUGCAUUAGCCUUUACGAGGAAGACUUCGGGUGAAUUGUGGGUAUGUCUUGAUCCUAAGCACCUGAAUGUUGCACUAAAGAGGACUUAUCAUAGGAUACCCACCUUAGAUGAGAUAGCACACAAGAUGUCAGGAAGUGUCCUUUAUUCAAAGUUGGAUGCCAAAAAUGGCUAUUGGUCAAUCAAGCUUGAUGAAGAGAGCAGUAAACUUUGCACUUUCCAGAGUCCUGCUGGGAAGUAUCGUUUCCUCCGCCUGCCUUUUGGACUUAGUGUUUCACAAGAUAUUUUCCAGUGUCGGAUGGAUAAGAUUCUUGGAAAAGUAGGAGAGGGAGUAAUUGGUAUAGCUGAUGACGUUGUGGUUUAUGGAAGAGACAUACAGGAACAUGAUUAUAAUCUUCAUAAGCUACUGAGGGUGGCCAGGGAAGAAGGCCUUGUUUUUCGGGCUGAGAAAAGCCAUGUGCGACAACAAACCAUUAAUUUCUAUGGUCUUGCAUGGUCUAAGGAUGGCAUGUAA